CCCAGCGGCACAUAGGGAUACGAGUGUCGAGGUCUGCCGGCGACAAAGAUGAAGACGGCGUGCGUGACAGGAGGGAGCGGGUACAUCGCGUCGGCGCUCAUCAAGCUGCUGCUGGAGAGGGGCUACGCCGUGAAGACAACGGUCAGGAACCCAGAUGACAUGGCCAAGAACUCCCACCUCAAGGACCUGCAGGCGCUCGGCCCCCUGACGGUCCUCCGCGCCGACCUUGACGUGGAAGGCAGCUUCGACGACGCCGUCGCCGGCUGCGAUUACGCCUUCCUCGUCGCCGCUUCGGUGAACAUCGCGGCAGGGGAGGAUCUAGAGAAAGAGCUGAUCGAGCCUGCCGUCCGGGGAACGCUGAACGUGCUGAGGUCGUGCGUGAAGGCCGGCACGGUGAGGCGCGUGGUGCUGACCUCGUCGAUAGCGGCGGUCUUCAUCAGGCCAGGGCUGCAGGGCAACGGGCACGUCCUGGACGAGGGCUCCUGGUCCGACGUCGAGCACCUCAGAGCCGAGAAGCCGACGUCGUGGGGGUACUGCGUGUCCAAGGUGCUCCUGGAGAAGGCGGCGGCCAGGUUCGCGGAGGAGCACGGCAUCAGCCUCGUCACCGUCUGCCCGGUCACCAUCUUGGGCGCGGCGCCGUCCCUGAACUUCAACACCAGCGUCCCGAGCGGCCUCGCGCUCCUGUCCGGCGACGAGGUGUGGCUCGGCGUGCUCAAGGCGACCGAGAGGACCUCCGGCUCGGUGCCGCUGGGUCACGUCGACGACCUCUGCCGCGCGGAGCUCUUCGUCGCCGAGUCGCCGGCGGCGGCGGGAAGGUACGUCUGCUGCGGCCUCAACACGACCGUCGCCGAGCUCGCGCGUUUCCUGGCGCGCAAGUACCCGCACUACGACGUGAUGCGGAAUCUGCACAUGACCGACGACGAUGAGCUCCUGGAGAAGCCGAGAGCCUGCGUGUCGUCGGCGAAGCUUGUCAGGGAAGGAUUCCAGUUCAAGCACACGACGCUGGACGAGAUGUACGACAACGUCGUCGAGUACGGCAAGGCACUGGGGAUUCUACCCAACCUUUGAUAGUGUUUGAUAGUGCGAAGCUGCGAGCGAGUCUGUCACAUGACAUCUACGUCCAUUAUUUGUUUUCAAAUGUAAAACAUCUGCAUGCAUCCAUUAUUGUUAUGGUAAGUACAUUGUUGCUGUCUAAUAGAUGGUCUCGUGUAUUGCCACGUAAUCUCCUACGUCACUAUGUAUGGGACCAGCUAUGAGACUCUGAUGUGUAGUAACAAUGUACUUAUUUUUAGCUGAAUAAAAUUUCAUACUCAGUUUGUUAA